AUGCCACUAGUCCGCGUCUACAUUGUUCGACAUGGAGAGACGGAGGAGAACAGGAAUUCAAUCAUUCAAGGACACCUCGAUACCCGGCUCAACGCAGACGGACUAGAACAGGCUCGGCGAGUCGGGAAGGCACUGCAGGCGGUGCCAUUCGACUUGGCUUUUUCGAGCGAUCUGACUAGAGCAGCUAAACUGCAGACAACGAGGGAACUUAGGGAGCGGUUCCUUGGGGAGCUGCAGGGCCUAACGUACAGCGCGCGGCAGAAAGCGGCCGGCCAGUCGUCCGUCGAGCCAGCGGAAAAGAUGACCGCUCGGGCGCUCGGAUGGUGGGACGAAACCAUCGUGAAGCACGCAGCGGCAGCGGGCGGCGACAGCGCGUUGAAUGUACUGACCGUCAGCCACGGCGGGUUGAUCGGACAUCUCGUGCGCGGGCUAGUCGAGACAAAGAGGGCUGUGGUCGCGAAGGGGGUGUUUAUCGGCAAGUGCAUGAACACGGCAGUCGCAAUCGUGGAGGUGGGGAGGGUCGGGCCGGGGGUCGUAGUGCAGUACGGGGACAUUACGCAUCUUUUGGCGGAAGGGGAUAUGGAUUUGGUGCAGGCAAAUGCCGACGAGUAA